GAAAAAGCUGACAUUGUCAAAGCUCAGAAUAAAGUCAAAAGCAUAAUAGAAAAGACACAUACGAAUGUCCAGAACGAAGGAUUUCAUUUCUGAAUUGGAUUUGCGUAGAACAUUCGACUGAGUAAUCGCGUAAAAACGAAAACAAAAUUGUGAUAUUUGUUGUGAAUAACUAAAAAUAUAAACAUUUCAAAGAAUUGUGUAGAAGAAAUUUUUGUGAAAUAUAAUUACAUAAAUUGCGCAAAAGGGGGCUAGGUGUGGGUGGCGAAAUUCGAAAAUUCGUCGACUCAUAUCCAAAACCUCUACAAGCAGAGAAUAAAAAAAUCGAUUUCUGACUAUGGCGUAUGGUCAAAAAGUAUAUAAUCCUGUGGCAAUAAAAAUGGCAAAACCAUGCCACCAUAAGAAGUGUGCUAAAGGCGCAACAGCACCGCUUCAUAGAAAAAAUACACAUCGAAAUAAUUUUUUACGAAAUAGUUUCUCAUUGGGCAACAGCAACAGCAAAGACAGUGCUGAUGUUGAUAGCGGUGGAGAAGUCGGUCACAUUUGGUUUGGUAAUGACCGCUUAUCAAACGUAAUUUACACGUUUCUACUAUUAGCAGCACUAACGCAUACCGCCAAUGCAACGGCAACGGAUAUUGCGCUGGACGCAAAGGCCACACUAACACAUAGAAUUGAUAGUCUUAAUCUGUUGGUAUAUACCUUUUUGCUGACGCUAACUGUACUGACUAUUUGGCUGUUCAAGCAUCACCGUGUUUCCUGGUUACACGAAACUGGUCUUGCCGUUAUUUAUGGACUGAUUGUUGGCGCUGUUAUACGCUAUGCCGGCACUUCGACGCCACUUGUGCACUUGGAAGUUGAUCCAGCAGGUGAUCCAAAAUUUAAUCAAUCUUUGCCACCCGAUACGUUAUGGAUGAAGUUUCCCGGCAAAUUGGCACCUAAUACCACCGAUAAAGAUCCCAUACCGAAUAAGACAUAUGCAUAUGUUUUUCGCGGCAUUGUAUACGAUGUGGAUGAGAAUGAAAUCGAUUUGAAGGCCACAUUUGAUCCGGAAAUUUUCUUCAACAUAAUACUACCGCCAAUAAUAUUUCAUGCCGGUUAUAGUCUCAAAAAAAAAUACUUUUUUCGCAAUUUGGGCGCAAUUUUGAUGUUCGCCAUAUUGGGCACGACUCUAUCAUCGUUCCUAAUCGGCGCUAUUAUGUACGGCUGUGUGAAACUAAUGCCAGAGUAUUUGAGUAGUAGUUUCACAUUCCUGGACACGCUGUAUUUUGGAGCCUUGAUAUCACCAACAGAUCCACUAACAAUAUUAGCAAUAUUCCAUGAUUUGCAUGUGGACGUAAAUUUAUAUGCGCUGGUUUUUGGUGAAUCUGUACUUAACGAUGCAGUGGCCAUUGUGCUGAGCGGCGCUAUACAAAAUUAUGGCGAACAUUAUUCGAGCACAGGAGGUUUCGAAACAAACGCCUUCUUCAGAUCAUUGAGCGAUUUCUUUUGUAUUUUUAUGCUGUCGUUAUUGAUUGGCGCAACAAUGGGCUGUUUUACGGCAUUGAUAUCUAAGUUUACACGCGUACGUGAAUUCCCGUUGCUCGAAUCUGCGCUCUUUGUGCUUAUGUCGUACAGUACUUUCCUUAUUGCGGAAGCUUCGGAAUUGACUGGCGUAGUGGCUGUGCUAUUCUGUGGUAUUUGCCAAGCGCAUUAUACCUAUAACAAUCUUUCGGAGAAUUCGCGCACACGCACAAAGGAAAUAUUCGAAUUAUUGAAUUUCUUGGCGGAAAAUUUCAUCUUUUCAUAUAUUGGCGUUUCAAUGUUCACCUUUCCGAAACAUCAUUUCGAUGCUGUCUUCAUUAUAACUGGUUUUGUCACUGCUGCUAUUGGACGCGCCGUUAACAUCUAUCCGCUAUCUUGGCUGUUAAACUUGAACCGUAAACCGAAAAUUUCGUCGAAUUUCCAGCACAUGCUUUUCUUUGCAGGCUUGCGCGGUGCCAUGUCCUUUGCCUUGGCCAUACGCAACACCGUUUCAGAGGCACGUCAAACUAUGUUGACUGCAACCUCGUUAAUUGUGAUUUUUACGGUCGUCAUACAAGGUGGCGCAUCUAAUUUUUUGCUUAAUUGGCUUAAAAUACCUGUUGGUGUUGAUGAAGAGACUGAACAGCUAAAUAAUUAUCGCGUACGCAGUGUUUAUAAUUCAAUGGAAAAUACAGCGGCUGCGUCAAUCGAUACCGGACUCAAUUUGGGCCAGCUGCCUAUGUCGCGUCGGCGCAGCUCCUUGUCUGAUGCAUAUUUGCAGGAUGUCGACGUGGACGUUGAGGGAGCUGGUGGUAUUGGCGAUGCCGGCGCACAGACAGCCAUGAAUGUCAAACGCAAUGAGAAGGCAUUUUUGGCAAGAAUAUGGGGAAAUUUCGAUACCAAAUAUAUGAAGCCGCUGUUGACGCAUUCACGUCCAACGCUGCUCGAAACAUUGCCCGUAUGUUGUAAUCCCGUGGCGCGCUUACUCACCACAACCGAGCAACUUACACAGGACGGGGGCGGUUUGCGGCGCUCCGACUCGGAUUCGGAUAUUUGCAUUGAUGAUGAGAAUUUCGGUGCAUCUUCAACGAAUGGCGCAGCAGGUGGCUUAAAUGGCGGCAGCGGUAGUGGUAGUGGCGGCUCAGCCGGCAUGGGUCCACGUCGCAACUCGAUCAAUCGUAGUGAGAACGAUCUCCGUACUCAUCACAUAUAAGAACAAAAACACAUGUAGUUGUUAAUAGCAACAAAAAGAGCGAGAGAGAGAGAGAGAGAAAAAAAUAUUUGCUUUCUCAUUAGUUAUUUGUACACAAACUCCUUUGGGUGUUAACAAAAUCAUAUGUGUUUAGCUUGAAUUUGGGUUUCUGCACUUAUUUGUUCUCAAGCACCACAUCAAAUUUCUAGUUAUACUCAAAUUAAACUAUUGGCUAAAAUAUUUUAUCCACCUAUUACUAUUUAUUUAUUAUUAAGAUGUUAUUCAUUACAUAAUUUACAUAUUUAUUCAUAUAUAUACACGUACAUUGUGUGGAAAAGAGUAUGAAAGACAAUUUCAAAAGUAAAAUAAUAUUUUGACAUAUACAUGCAUACAUAAUAUAUAUUUAUUUAUAUAUGUAUAUGUUCUGAAUUGUGAUUUAUUUACUAUUUAAAUUUAAACUUAUAUUACUUGUAUUUACUCUUAGACUUGUUUGAAUUUAAUUAAUUUUAAAUGUUUAAUUGUAGAAAAAUUAAAGAACAAAAAUUGUAGUAAAUUUUAAGUGGGGUUCACAUACAACUUUAGAGAAUUUCGCAAUAAAUGUUGAUCAGUUGAUUUUAAAAUUAAUUUUUGGGCUACUAACUUUGUGACUCACAAUACAUAUGUACAUAUAUAAACACGGAACAGUUAGUCCAUAUUUUUACAAGUGACGUAUUACACUGGUCUACAGUAAUUUUGUUGCCCAGUUUUAAGAUUAAGAUCGAUGAUCGAGUUUUCGUUAUUUUUAAAUCUUUAUUUUAUUUUUUACAUCACAAAAAUCAGAAAACAUGAUCAAAAAUUAGAGUUAUAUGUAAGGAUUCAUUGAAGGUAACAGAGAGACAAAUAUAGAAAAUACAUUUUAUAUUUCAAUAAAUCGCCCUUUAAGAGCAUUUCUUUUAUACAUUUCAUUUGAAAAUUUUUUUAGGGACCAGAAGUAAUCUGCCACCAUGUGACGAUCUCAGCAACCUUGCUACCUUUUUUUCAUCACUUUUGGGUCCUGAUUAGAUUAGAUUGAUAAACGAGGAAUGCACCGCGACAUUAGGUCUAUUAUACCCUCUCCUAAAUCACAUAUUAAUAAAGUUCAAUAUACUGCUAGGUGCUAGCGAAGCAAUGUGAUCCCUAUUUGGAAACAUGGAUCCAAGGACCUUCAUGUGACGAUCUCAGCAACUUUGCUACCUUUCUUCCAUCACUUUUGGGUCCUGAUGGUAGGGCUUCUCUCUGUUCUUCAUUAUAAUUUCUUAAAUUAUCCGAAAAAAUUUCCAGAUGAUUGCGGAGAUAGUUUAUAUUGAUUGAUUGUCAUAUUUGCAAUUAGAGUCUGUUUUAUGUUUGCCUAGGAAAUUUUCGACGGUGAACUCUAAACUUUUCCAAGCUUCACGUUCCGGAACAGUUAUAACUUUGAUAAAAUCUGUAUCUUUAAUGAAUUUAAACUAUAUAAUCUUCCGUAUUUUAAGCAUAUUUUCGAUAAGGAAACUGAGAAUGGGGGUCACGUGAUGCUUGUAUACGCGAAAAAAGAGCGCAAAACCCUAAACAUUACUGGAAAAAUAAUAAUAAUUACUAAUAAGCCGAUAAAACUGGUUUACAGCCAUUUUACGAGUGUGAUGUCAUAGACUUUUUUUCUAAACCGAAAACGAAAUUUCCUAAUCGAGAUGUAGGGGUCAAGUACCAAUUGGCAAUAGAUGUAAAAUUAGCUUAAAAGCAUAUUUCAGUCGAGAUACAGGUCAUACUUGCCAUUCAGUUAAGUAAAUAGGUUGGAAUUUCGUUGGAAUUUUUACCUUUUCGAUAAUAUAGAAGAUAGAUAGAAAUAGUGUGCUUUUGAGGCGAUGUGAUCCCAAUUCAGAUACCUAGGCCCAAAGGCUUUGAUUCUGCGUCUACAAACUGCCGUAUAGUCUAGCAUCAGAGGCUCGGGAGUUUCAGGCUCCAUGUCGUAGAACCGGCAGUUUGGACAAGCGGCUAUACUCAUAUUAAAUAUUUGCUUCUUUAGAUCACUGUGCCCUGUGUAAAAUGCAGCAAGUAACCGCAAUUUUUCUCUCGUGAAUUUGAGUACACUUUUAAGCCUAGUCACGUUGUAACCAGCCGUCAAAAACUUUUUGAGCUAUUGCCAAUACUUUCUUUGUUCACUUUCUCCUCCUUGUGGAGUAGCUCUGUCAUGGUAUAAAGAUCAAUCGCAACACAUAAUUCCGGUCCUACAAUUCUAGUAGCAGCUGCAGAGUGGGAAAGCUCGCCAACCAGUUCAUUAUCGGCUAUAUACUUGUGACCUGGCCCCCAGAUGAGGUUGGUAACGAAUAAUGAAGUUAUUAACCCGCUCUAUACACUGCGACAACUGCACCAAUGCUUUCCGACGUUUUCGAGCCGUCAGUGUACCACUUAAUAGUGCUAUCCCUUAACGUGGAGCUAUUCCAUUCAGCCUUACCUUUUGGUAAAGCUGUCGCUCGGGAAAAGAACCAGUGAUGUUUCAUCACUUAAGGUCUUCAUUUGCUGGGACGAGACUACCUUAAAUUUGUCAAACCCUUCUUUGGUUAUUUGAAGCAUUGUAUGUUUAGCUGUAUGAUUGAUUUCGGUCCACCUGAUAACCCUUGACUUGCAGAACCAGGAUUUCCCAACCAGGCGAUUACAUACCAUGAGUGCUUUUGUGGCUUUGAUCGUGGUCUGUUUCCACCGAAGAGUGAGACCCAAAUAUUUGAGCUCAUAAGCCAAUUUUUUGUCGUGCCGAGACGAAUUUUAUCAUCCCCUACAAUGGUCUCAGCUAUCCUAGUGCCAAGUGACCUCUAACCAUUUGCUUACUCGUGCUGCCACAUUUCUUUUUUCUAGUGCUUUUGCCACACUUGCAUGAGACGCAUUGUCAAAAGCUGCUUCGAUAUGUAAGAAGGCGCAUGACAUCACCUCCCCAUAGUCAAGUUAACUUUGAAUUUCCGCGGUUAAUAGAUACAAAGUAGAAUUAGCUGACCUACCUGCUCUGUAAGCAUAAUGAUUACCAUGUAAGAGUGCGAUCUUCAGCGCUGUCGACCUUAUUUCGCGAUCUAUAAAAUUUUUGUCGAUAAUAUAGAUCCUUAGUCUAUUUAGCGCCAGGUUUAACCGGAGAAAUAUUUUCUGUUGGUAUCUACUUUAUUGUGAUCUAUCCAUAUUUACUUAAUGAUUAACGGUGACAACACCACUGCAGAUUUAUGUAAGUCGGUUUUGAGUUUAAAUAUUUAUGUGAACAGCGCUUUCUCCAUUUACGGAACUUAUCGUGAAAUUCUAGCAGAAGAACCAGAUUUUGAACGAUCUCAACACUCAACUUCACAUUUCCUUGUGAACUAAUGUUAGAAUUAAUGUUUAUGAUUAGGAAAUUCUAAAGUCAUGGUUCCGUCACUUGUUUACCCCUGUGUGAAUCUGUUAUAUGAUUUUUAAUUUUUUUUAGAGGGUCAUUGAAAUAUUAAAAGUUAUAGCAUGUAGAAAAACUCGUAAUAUUAUAAUGGCCCACUAAAAAAUUAAGAUAUUAUAUGACAGAUUCAGUGUUUAGUAAAAGAUACUAAAUUGAAAAGCAAUUUAUUUAUUUUAAUAUUCCCACAAAAAUUAUUUUAGAUAGAGAGAAUUGAUUUAUUUAUUACUAUUAUUUGUUUUUAUUUCUUCGAAGCCGUCUUUUUUAUGAAGACACAAUUCAUCUUCUUUUUUUCUACGCUUCAGGGGCACACUUAGUGUGACAACCUGAAAAAGACUAUUUUUUGAAAUAAAAAAAUCAUGCCUUAAUUGUUUUAAAAUUUUAAUAUACAGUAAACAUUUUUAGGCAAAAAAUCAAAUAUUUUUCGAGUUACACAUGAUCUUCGACAUCAUAGAAACUAACACCCAUGAGGGCCCGCAGAACUUUAUUUUGAAAAGCUUGCCUGCUUCAAUUGUAAUCUCCAAAUAUUUUGUUGCGCAUGUGUUUGUCGGUAACAACCGGCCUUAUAAAGCCAGUUGCGGGCAAUUUUUGUGCUUUAGGGUUACCAACUACUUGUACGCACUUUUCGGUGUUAAUGCCAAUAUUCCAUUUGGUGAGCCACGUUCCUAGAGCAUUCAAUUGCAUCUGCAGUUUUCUGGAAGCAGUAGUAAGGUUACCACUUGAUGCUAGCAGUGCAGUAUCAUCAGCAUAGGUUGCCGUCAUUGCGGAGCAGGGUUGAUCACUAGAAGGUCGCCCACAGGGGCGAGUACAGAAUAUUUAAAAAAUUUUAUAGCGAUCAGAACAUUUGUCUCCAAACAAUCACUCAAGUAAAUUUGAGAAAUUUAGUUUUGAGAAAAACGCAUUUUUGUGAAAUUUUGUUUUGAGAAAACGCGUUUUUGCGAAUUUAUUUCUUAAAUAUGGAUUGAGUAAUUUUAUUCGAACCUUUUUUAUAUUAUUGACCAUACUUUUGACAAUCUAAGGUUUUUCUUAUCACGAAAACCUUACCCUCCUUUUAAAGAUAAACUGAUGGAGCUGUAACUCCAAAACUAUUUGAAAUAUCGAUUUAAAAUUUGAGUAUGUUAUUUGUAAAGGUACCUAUAGCCUUUUUUUUAAUUUCACACUAGCGCUUUAAAACACUUAUCACAUCUAACAUAUAGUGGUUGUAAGCGACUAACAGCGUUUGCAAAUCGUAAAAACUCUGAUUUUGAAUAAUUUUUUACACAGUAAAAAUUGUCUUUGUGCAUUUUAUGUGUUCCAGACUUUUUUGACUUCUAUAUCAAAGCAUAAUAAGAGAAUUAAACGUUUUAAUUUAUCAAUUAAUUAAAAAGCAUGUGAAUUUUAGCAAUUAAAAACAAAUAAUAAUCAAAGAAAUAUAUAUUUUAUAUUAUAUAUGUAUUAUUGUUUGUUAAAAUUAGAAAAGCAAACUCGAUGCCUGAUUCCCUUUUCGCCAUCAUUUUAUAUACCAUUUAUUUUUCUUGUUUUCAUUGAACCAGCAACAUCACUCGUACACUCUCAUACCAGCAGUACAGAAAACAAACCCAAAAAUUAGACAAAAAAGUACAAGUACCAAGAAUAUUUAUUCAAUAUUUAGCAAUAAUUUUUAAAAAUUUAGUAUGCAAAUACUUACUAAAUACUCGGCAAUUAAUCAUAUCGUUGUUUUUUUCUUUUUUUAUUUCUAAAUAUGCGGUGCAAUUUAAUUGUUGAUUGUCCAAUAAAAUAAAUAAACACACAUAUAUAUAUAAUAUACAUACAUACGACUAAUAACGUUAAAUUAAAAACAACAACAACAAAAAACAAAUACGAAUCACACGUGACUUAACGCCACAAAUCGCGCGUAAGCAAAUGCAGAUGGAAAUAAUGGAACAUGUGCAAAGCCCCGUUUCGACCCGCAUUAGGCUAUUAGGGUUCUAUGGAAAGAAUUUAUAGAGUAACUGAAAACAUUUUUAUGUCUAUAACUAUAUGUAGCCUUUCCAAGUAAUAUGUUUGUUUCGAUUCUUAAUUGCUUAAUAUGAAAACAAAUACAUAAAUCUAAAUAAAAUCGCUAAUUGUGAAAUACAGAUAUUUUUUUGUGCUUAAAAAUUUUACAUAAAAACAAGAAGAGAAAUGUAUUUCAUUUGCUUUAAGCUACAAAUACGAUUGAUUAAUGUCUACAUAGUGCAUAUAUUAAUCAUAUACAUACAAACGAAUACUUAAAAAGAUAAACAAAUUUUGUACAAAUUAAUGAAACUAUGAAGAAAUAAUAAAAACUAGACAAAUUAAAAAAAAAAAAAA